AUGGUAUCUGCAGAUGCCUCUUCCUAUGGAAUAGGAGCCGUAUUGAUGCAAGAGCAAAAGGAGGGAACACGUGCGAGAAUAGCAUAUGCCUCGGAAACCCUAACUGAAGCGGAGAAACGAUAUAGCCAGAUAGAAAAGGAAGGCCUUGCUAUUACUUGGGCAUGCGAAAGGUUUGAGCAAUACCCAUCGGUUCGACUAAAGGCCUUCAUACUGGAAACUGAUCAUAAACCCUUGCUGCCGAUAAUGAAUGGCAAGGACAUCAACCAGUGUCCACCAAGGCUACAGAGAUUAAAGAUUCGACUUACCCGUUUUCAUUAUCAUGUGCAGUAUGUACCAAGAAAAGACUUGACAGUAGCAGAUGCCUUGUCUCGUUGCCCGAUGGGAAACACAGGCAACAAUAUGGCAAACAACAUUGAAACCUACAUCAGUGCAGUAACUCUAGCUGGAAUUCCUGCUUCUGAUGCACUGUUAGCUGAUAUUCGUCAAGCUACAGAAAAGGACGCACAACUAUCGAAGAUAUUGGAAUAUAUACGUGAGAGAUGGCCCAACUCAAAAAAUACGAAUGGAACCGAUUGUACGUCAGUUUUUGAAUUGCUAGCAUAUUUCAGUUUUGUAAAUGGUGUUCUGCUAAGGGGAGAUCAAAUUCUCAUGCCCAAGAAAUUACAGAAAGAGAUGUUGAACAAAGCCUAUGAAGGACACUUGGGAGCCGCGAAGUCCAAGGCAAGGGCCCGCGAGCGUAUAUGGUGGCAGGGUAUGAAUAAGGCAAUUGAUGACAUGAUCGAUCGAUGUGAAGUGUGUGCUCAAUUUCGUCACCAACAAAAAGAGAACCCGUAA